AUGCGGCUCGCACUGGAGAAAGAAAGACAAAAUCAUGGCGCAUACUUUCGCUUGGUCCAGCCUAAUGGAUGGCCGAAGUUUCACGUUCCUCCGGCUGUGAAGAACAAAAAAAAAAGAAAACACGAGAGUAGCGAGGGUUCACUCGACCCAAUUUCCAGACUUUCAUUUUUGAAUGACGCGCUCAUAAAAUCGCACAAGAUAUUGCUGGGACUCCUGUUCGUCGUCUCCGCCAUCGGCGAUCCGAUCAGAACGAAGAAAGAAGCACCACCUAGUCCACAGUAUGGUCCGCCUGCUGCUUCUUACGGUGUACCGAACGUAGGUCCUUCGGAUUCGUACGGCGCUCCACCACCGCCAUCGUCGUCUUACGGUGCACCAUCUGGACCAUCGUCUUCCUACGGUGCCCCGUCUGGACCAUCAUCGUCUUACGGCGUUCCUUCGUCGUCCUACGGCGCGCCAUCUUCCAGCUACGGAGCCCCAUCCUCCGGGCAUGGCUCUUUCGGCGGUGAUCACGGAUCCUUCGGAGGAGGCGAUCAUGGAUCGGAUCACGGAUCGUUAGGCGGAGGAUCGUUCGACAGUGGUUACGGGGGAGACGGACACGGAUCGUCGUAUGGCGGCGGCGGCGGCGGCGGCGGUUUUGGUGGAGAUUUUGGAUCGUACGGAGGAGGACAUCACGGAGGUGGAGGUGGAGGAGGCGGUGGUGAUGUUGGAUCGUACGGAGGAGGACAUCACGGAGGAGGCGGCGGUGGAGAUUUCGAUUCGUUCGGAGGAGGACACCACGGAGGUGGAGGAGGAGGAGGUGGAGGCUUCGAUUCGUUCGGAGGAGGACAUCACGGAGGUGGAGGAGGAGGAGGAGGCGGUGGAGGCUUCGAUUCGUUCGGAGGAGGACAUCACGGAGGAGGAGGAGGAGGAUCCGCGCUCGGUCCCGUUUACGGUCCACCCUCGCAAUCCUACGGUCCUCCGGCGCCUUCCUACGGUCCCCCGGCGCCCUCCUACGGUCCACCGGCACCGUCUUAUGGUCCACCUGCUCACGAUCAGCCGAAAGGAGUAUGGAAAAAAAAGCUCACGUGGAAGGCCGAGUGGAAGCAGGUAUGGAAAACGGAGUCUAAACUAACGUGGAAACAGGAAUGGAAGAAGGUUCAGGUACCAAUUUGGAAGGAAGUACAGGUGCCAGAAUGGAAGGAAAUUCAAGUGCCAGCUUGGAAGAAGGUACAAAAACCUAUUUGGAAGGAGAUCCAAGUACCCAUUUGGAAGGAGAUUCAGGUACCAGCUUGGAAGAAGGUUUGGAAGCCUGUCUGGAAGGAGAUUCAAGUACCGAUUUGGAAGGACGUUCAAGUGCCCGACUGGAAGAAGAUUUGGAUACCAGAGUGGGUAAAGAUCGGUAUUCCCGGCGAACAGUACGUCGGCAAGGAUCAACACGGUUGGCAAUAUACCAGUCACGAUCUCUGGAAGAAGAAACUCAUUUGGAAACCGAUCUGGAAGAAAAUUUGGAGGACGGAGAAGAAGCAAGCUUGGGUUACGGAUAAGAAGCUCGAAUGGAAAGCCGAAUGGAAGCAAAUUUGGAAAACCGAAAAGAAACAAGUUUGGGUGACGGAUAAGAAACUAGUAUGGAAGGAAGAGUCCGUACAGGUUUGGUUACCUAAAAAACAACAGAUUUGGGUCACGCAAAAGAAGCAGGUGUGGAAGGACGAAUGGAAAAGCAAGUGGGUACCGGUUUGGAAGAACGUACAAGUACCGGCCUGGAAGAAGGUUUGGAAGCCCGUUUGGGAGAAAGUUUGGGUACAAAUAGAAUCCCAUCACGACGGAGGCCACCAUGGUUACAACUAAUACGAUGAUAUUAGCGUAGUCGUUAGGAGAUCAAAGUUAAUCUCGUUAGUUAACGUUCCAAAGUUCGUAGAACGUGUUUCAAGUACGGAUCGAUAAUUUCAAACUCGACGAUGAUCCCUUGCUCGACGAUUAUCCUAACGAAUGAGACAGAAAGCAUAGUAUUUCGUCGAUCGCGUCGGAAUAAGGAGAGUAGACUCGUGAUAUUGCGAUUUAAGUAUUCCGUAAAUGCCGAAUGAAUCGCUACAAGUCCUUGCCCCCUGUAAAUAAGGAGAUUAAAAGAUUGCAAGCGCAUCGAUAUUUUUGUACGUUUUGCGUUUACUUUAAUCUAAUAAAUAUUCUUUUUUACCACGUGCCUGCUUAAUCGAUUGAUAUCCCGAAUCGAGCGAUGAUCUAGUUAGAAACUUUCGCUUUGUAUACAACGAUCUGGAUUGUUUUAGAUGAGCAAGAUAAAAGGAAAGAAAGAAUAACUUUGAAAAAAAAAAGAAACGAAGAAGACGAUUGUUCGAAGUUUAAGUAGAUCUGAUGGAACGAAGUCGGUAGUGUAAUCGGCAGUAGCUUUCCCGUUUACUCGAUGAAAGUACAAUUUUCUAGACGACGGAGGAGGUUUAUCAGGUGGAAAACGGAAGGAGAAAAGGAAGAUGCUUUCCAGGGAAGCGUAUAUGCAGAUGUCAGGGUCGCGAGACGGACUCACGACCUUUACUUUCUCCGUGAUCGUGUCGGAGCAAGUGUGGGAUGAUCGAGAAAUAAAGAAUCUACCAAGAGAGAACGUGGAGACGUCGGUGGGAGAACGGAAGUGGCACGACCGGUUCGUCUUCUCGGUCUCCUUCCGAGCUUCGAUGAACCAGUGAACGCAAACCAGUAUCUACUAAACGCAUCGAAGAAAGUGGAUGGCGCUUUCGAGUCGACAAAAAAAAAAAAAAAAAACAAAAAGAUCGAUGACGUUGUCAUUGUCCCUAAUGAAUAAAUUAGUUGUAUGAUAGACGAACGAACACGGCUCGAAUCAAAUUAGACGUACGACGACAUGCAUCUUAUCUUUUUUUAUCUCUCGUACAUCACGAAAGACGAGCGACGCCAUCAAUCCGGCGGAAUCUUUGCGACUUAAAUCUUAAUUAAGAGCUAUCUCCUCCCUUUUUCCCAUUAAUUUUCUUUAUCUCAUGCCGGAACUGGGUUAGAUAUUUUGUUAAUUAUCAGUUUCAUUAACGGUUCGUGCAUUCGGAUUCGCACGAAUCCAUCGCCUUCGUCCCGACCGAUGAUGAGAUUUUAUCUCUUUGGCAGAGAGUAACGCGUAACUACAUAAA